AUGGCGCGAGGUACCCUGCUGCGCCGGUGCUUCUCUGCUACGCAGUCGCUGUCAUCCACGGACUUGCUUAAUUUCGCCCAAUCGCAGCAGGUGGGCGGCAAGUACCCGAUCUACGCCUCCCACACUGCGACGCUGGCGGUGCUGCGCGCGGUUCAAAGGAUGCGCCCAGCUUGGUGGUCGGACGAGUGUGAGACCUUCGUGGCCAGCGUGGCGGCCAGCACCUGCGGCGAGAGCCUCGCCCACGCGCCAGCGGAGGCACGCCACGCGGUUUUCAUCGUGGAGGGGCUCGAUGGCGUCGGCAAGACCACAGUCACCACCAACCUCGCUGAAAAACUGGCCGGCGCCCGCAUUUGCACGCCGGACCCGAGCCUCGACCGUGUCCGAAAACACUUCCAGCAGCUCGAGGAGCUCCUGAUGCGUGCCUUCUACUGUGGCGCCAACUACCUCGCCGCCGAUCAGAUCGCCGCCGCCGCCGCUACUGGACCGGUCGUCGUCGACCGCUGGUAUGCUUCGACGUGUGGCAUGGCCCUGGUCAACGCUGUCGCGGCCGGGGCGCUUCCUGCGCUGCCGGACCAGGGCGAUCCGGUGUACCGCUGGCCGAGUGACCUUCCACCGUUUGACGUUGCCGUCGUGCUGGAUGUCGAUGAGGACAUUCGUGCGAAGCGCAUGGCCAAGCGUGGUGGGGACCCGAAGAAGCACGAGGCCAAGCUGGCUGCCAGCCGAAAGAUGCGGGAGGACGUGCUCGAGGCCUAUUGCCGCAUGGGAUGCGAGCGCGUCGAGGCGCAGACGUACAUGCAAUUCUUCAACAGCAUCCUCGACAUCUACGACCGCCGGGGUGCCGAGGCCCCCUCUGCUCGCCUGCUGGGCAAGCUUAAGGAGCCAGCGACACGCUACACUGCCGACGAACUGCGGACCAUCACGCCGUACUGA